AUGGCCACCAGUGAGCAGACACCAAGCGUGUCGAGACAUCCCAUUCAGGACUCUGCCAUUCCUGGCAGCAAGAGAGAAGCUGCAGACAUUGAGAAACAGCCAAGUCCUCGAGGGUUAGCAGAGGAGGAAGCUGUAUCUCUUUGGAUAGUGGUUGCUCUCUUCUUGGACUGCUACUGGUUAUUGAAAAGGAGGACUUUUAUCUCAGCUCUUCUGCCACAACAAAGAGCCAAAAUGCGACCUGUGUCCCUGCACAGCCUUUCGGAGCUGGAAAGAGCCAGUUUGCGAGAGCUAGCCCUCUACCAGCUGCAAGAAAAGCUGCUUGUUGGAGAUCUCAGCCUGGCAAAAGUUGGACCUAAAGGCAAUAAAUCUAUCCGCCAGAAACUGGAGAGCUUUUCAAAGGAGAAGAAAGACUGCUGUCCUCAGACCUUCGGGAUCCCACUGUGCCAAGUCAUUGCCAAUGACCGUGCAAACAGACAACUGCAAGAAACAGUGAAGAGCAGCCGCCGGCUGUGUGUGGAGGUGGAAGAAACAGUGGCAAACUUCCGCGCUCAGAUGCAGAAGAGAUCCCCACUGGGCAGGAGCUGUUUGCUGGUACCUUAUGAAGCGUUCCCUGAAGAGCCCCUUUUCCCAGCUUUUCCUGACAAUAACUCUUCCUGGAGUCAGCGAAGGGGGGCCAUGUCUGUGGACUCCAUCACUGAACUGAGUGACAACAGUUCCAAGCUGCUGGAGGCACUGCAGUUGUCACAUCCCCAUGAGCUGGAUCCACGGAGGAAUCUGGGCAAGAAAAAGAUGUUAAGCCUCAACCCCAUCAUCUGGCAGGUCCCACGGAUUGUGGACAGAUGUUGCAAACACAUUGAAACAUACGGUCUCCAAACGGUGGGCAUCUUCCGGGUUGGGAGUUCCAAGAAAAGAGUUCAGCAGCUGAGAGAAGAGUUUGACCAUGGACUGGAUGUAUUCUUGGAUGAGCAUCAAAGUGUUCAUGAUGUUGCUGCUCUGCUCAAAGAGUUUCUUCGUGACAUGCCAGAUUCACUGAUUCCUAGAGAGCUCUACGCAGCCUUCCUCAGCACAGCCUCCAUGGAGGGCCCACCACAGCUGGCUGUGCUGCAGCUGCUGCUCUUCCUGCUGCCCCCCUGCCACAGUGACACGCUGCACCGUCUCCUGCAGUUCCUCAGCAAGGUGGCACGGCACGCUGAGAACUCCUGGGGCCCCGAUGGCCAGGAGAUUCCUGGGAAUAAAAUGACAGUUUCAAACUUGGCCACUAUCUUUGGUCCCAACAUCCUUCAGAAGGAGAAGCCUGGAGAAAAAGAUCCUGGAACCAUGAACUUUGAAGAUAGCUCAGCCAUCAUACUGGUGGUUCAAAGGUUGAUUGAGCACUAUCAGACCUUGUUCAUGGUCUCUCCAGAAAUGCAGCACGACAUCCUAAGGAGACUGUUUCAGACAGACCCCGAUGUCAUUGACUACCUCUUGCGCAGGAAAUUCAAUGCUGUGCUGAGCACGGAAAGUGAGGGUUCAGCAGAGGUGCAUACUCCAAUCCCGAUGCCUGAUCAGACCCUGGAAAGUAACUCACUCUCAGAGUUGUACAGCAACAUCUCAUUCCUGAACUUGAAUGUUGGUAUUUAGCCAGCCCUCAGCACUGCAUCCCAUGGACAAAACUGGGCAACAUUUCCACUACAAAAAUAUGUUCUCUGUCCCACUUUGGAGGAGUGGAGAAGGGAAGGAUGCAUGAGUGUAUGUGGAAGUAUAUGUGUUAACAGUAGGCAUGCCAAAUGGUUCUGGUGUAGUCAGAUCUGCAGCAGAAUGGGUUUCCAGGUAUGACUUUGUUGCCUGUCAGCUCACAGGGACAGGGGUGGGAGAGAAGUAGCUUGGGGCAUCACUGGCCUGAAACACAAGUGAGUAGAGAUUGCUAGCAGGGUAGUAUGGAUGGAAAAAUGCAGUUCAACUUCAUGCAGUCUGUACUUUGGUAUCCCACUCGCUAUGUGUUGUCCUAUUGCUGCUUUGUGCAGAGAGAGAUCUUAGAGCUAAAUAAAUGACCAUAAUGCAACAGCACAGUUAUUGCAAAGAUCCACAGCAUGCCAUGUUCAGGAUGAAUCAUGGAUAUUUGUACACUUCUACAUUCCGAAUUCAGGUUUCCAACUGCUCAUUUUAUAGACAGAAAACACAGUAUUGACCACAAAAUAUAUAGGUAGUGUAGUACAAGGGAAAAGUAUACUCUGAGAAUUGUGGACAUCUUUAUUAUUUGAGUAAUAGUCAGUAGACAGACCAUCUAAUGUGUUAUGUAAUGUGUUACAUAAUGUAUUACAGAAAUUCUCACAGUCUUCUCAUGAUCUCUGGCUGAGAAAUACCUGGUUUGGUUUUUUUUCCUACAGCUGAGGCAUUGGAAGACACUGCAAGUUACAUGCAAAUGUAUGUUUUUAGCUGGUAGGAUAGAAUGAAAAUUAUCGGCAAAUACUUUCUGCAGUUUUCUUUACAUUUCCUCUGCUAGAUAUGGCCUGGCAUCCGCUUCCCCAGUAGGCCCCCUGGGUUGGGCUGUCCCCAGGUGAAACAGCAGCAAAAGGAGAGAUGCUAUGGAAAGCCUUCCCUAGGCCUUCAGGUGGGCCUGAAGCACACUGAUCUACAGCCAGCAUAACACAGGCUAAAGCUGCUUGUGACGUUCCCCGGCUUGUUCUUGCCUUAUUUGCACAGUGGGUAUCUGGAGGAGGAGAAGCUCCUCUUCUGAGAUCAGCUGAUCGCAUGUGGAAGGUGAAACCUUCAGCAGGCACAGGACAGGAAGCCCUCCAGUGAGCAGGGAGUAGGUAUCAAGGCAGAAUUUGAGACUGUAGAGAAGAAUGAUGUAGAUACAGAUCUAGAAGAUGCGUUUGCUUUCUAGUUGCUGGAUCAGAAGACAAGGCUGAAGUAAAGAAGCAUGGGAUGGGGGGUGGCUUUAGAUUUGCAGGUUCUUUUAAUGAAUCUGUCUCAUCUAGAAGUUCUGUUUUGUCUCCAGGUAAACGUUUAUGCUCUGGAAGUGAUACAGUUUUGGGUAUCAGAAACAUUUCAGAGGUUUAAUGUGUCACGCUGUGACAUGAUGAAGGCAUUUAUAUUUGUGCUCCUGGCAGAUCCUGACCUCUUCUGAAGGCUGUCUUCCUGACGGUGCAAAGAUGGCAUAUGUGGCAAGGGAGGUCACAGACGAGGAGACGACAACGCUGUAAAUUGUGCAUAGAGCAUUUCUUAUGAAUUUUAUAUUCUCUUGGCCUGAAAUGUCAAUUGUCAUGUUCACAGUUGAGAUUUUGCUUCCAAGAAAAUGCAGAGUGCCAAGAAGAGGGCAAGCAUAUAGGAAGUUAAGAGAUGUGGUGGGACAAUAGAUGCCCAAAGGAAUAGUGAUGUGGAGAACUAGGACAGACAGGUAGGGAAGAAAGAUGGGUAAGGCUGCAGGACAGAAAGGAGGCAGGAUAUGAGAGAUGACAGCAUUUUUUUGGUGUUGGGGAAAGAUGGAUCUGGUGUCAUAACUCUGUUCUUUUGGACUACCUGAAAUCAACUGCAAAUCUAUUACUUCUAGAGAAACCAUGAGAUAUGUACUAACACUUAUUUUCUAUGAAUUGUGGCAAAAUUGACUGGAUUUAUAACUCACGGCACAGAUUGCCUGGCUCCUUUUGCUACUUUUUCUUGACCUAUAGGUCUUCACCUACCUGACAUUUUAUGUUACAUUUAGGCAGCACUGAGUUUUUCCUAGGUGAUAGAAACUUCUGGUUAGUAAUGGAUUUUAUCUUUAGCUGCCUGAGUUCAUAUAUGAUUUGAAACUCCUCCAAAUGCAGUCUUUGCAGGGAACUGAUUAAAAUUUAUCUGUACAGAAACUCCCAUCAGAAGCACUCCCUGUGAGCUCCUCAUCACCACUGCCAUCCACUGAUGUAUGGAAAUAGUUUCUUUUUUGCCUGUUUGUUGCUGUGGUUUAAAUGUUUCUUACACUGCCAAGCUGAGUAGAAGCUGAUGUACUUAACACCCCUUCCCCUCCCCAAAAUGGCUGAAAAAUAAAAGAGUACUUUUGAAAAGGAA